AUUACUGAAGCUCCUCUGUGUGGAGAAUCUAAUAAAGCUCCCUAAUGGCCUGCUGCACCUACUGCUGGGUUCUGAUGGGGCUUUUAGGCAUUAGCUGUGAAGUAACCAGGACAGUAGAUAAGAUGUGCAUUGAGUUUAUUGCUAACAGAAGCUACAGUUGUGAAGAUUUAGGACUGGAACAGAUUCCAGAAUACCUUCCUUUCACUACAGAAGUCCUUGAUUUCAGCUUUAACUUUCUUUAUGCCCUUCAAUCACCAACUUUCAGCAAGCUAGAGGAUUUGGUAUCUUUAGACCUAACUAGGUGUCAGAUAAAUUGGAUAUACGGAGGUGCCUUUCAAAGCAAUUCUCACCUAGAAACAAUUGUGUUGACUGGAAAUCUUCUUCUGUUCCUGGCAGAUGAAGCAUUCACUGGACCCAGUCAUUUGAAACAUCUUGAUCUAACUCAAACAGGCCUCACCAGUUUAGAGUUUAUCCCAAUGCAGGACCUUGGCAAGUUGGAGACCCUGAUACUGGGAAGCAACCACAUCCAAUCAAUACAAUUCCCACCAGACUUUCCCACUAAGAAUCUCAAAUACUUGGAUUUUCAGAUGAACAUCAUACAAAAAAUAUCAGCUAAUGAUAUAGCAAUAUUAAAGAAAACUAGCAAUCUGACUCUCAUUCUUAAAGGGAAUAAUAUUGCAGUCAUUGAAGACAGAGCCUUCAGUUCUAUUUUUUUCUACAGUUUGAACUUUGGUGGUUGUAUUAAUAUUUCAGUGAUCUUGGAUGGAUUGCAAGGCGCCGAAACAGUUGUUCUUUGGCUUGGGUCUUUUGAAGACAUGGCCCAUGGAAUAGACAUAAGUGUCCUUAUGUUGCAAGGCAUCUGCAACAUCUCUGCACAUGAGCUCAAUCUGCAGUAUCACCAUUUCAGUCAGAUCUCAGCGGGCACAUUUCAAUGUUUGACCAAACUCCAAAAGCUAGAUUUGACCCACACCUUCCUUAAAAUGUUACCUCCUGACAUUGUUAGCAUGAAUGUGCUGAAGGAAUUACAUCUCAGUAAGAAUGAUUUCAUGCUUCUCUGUGACAUCAGCUCUGCUGCUUUCCCCAACCUGACUCAUCUCUUCAUUAGAGAUAAUUCUGAGAAACUGAAUUUGGGCUCUGGAUGCUUAGAAACAUUGUCAAAACUUCAGUAUCUGGACCUGAGCAAUAGUCAAGUACAAAGUUCAGACUGCUGUAACCAGGAACUCCGUGGUUUGAGCAGCUUGCGACACCUCAACCUGAGCUAUAAUCGCCAGCUUUUGUUGCACAACAUAGCCUUUGAAGAAUGUGCUAAUCUAGUGAUCCUAGACCUCGCUUUUACACAGGUUACCACCAGUGAGCCUGAAGGACCCUUCCGCAAUCUGCAUCUUUUGCAGUCCCUGAAUCUUUCAUACUGUCAGAUUGGCUCAAGUAUUCAGUACAUCUUGCAAGGUCUAGAGAGCCUUAAUGUUCUCAACCUGCGUGGGAAUAAUUUUGAAUCUGGUACAAUGCUGAAUGACAAUGUCUUUCGGCAGACACCCAAUCUAGAGGUAUUAAUUUUAUCUUCCUGUAAAUUGCCAGGUAUACAAACCAAAGCAUUUUAUGCCCUCAGAAAGCUAAAGCAUGUGGACCUGAGCUACAAUAACCUUAUUGCAUUCAGUUCAGACAUAUUUUCUAAUCUCAGGAGCAUUUAUCUCAAUUUUGCCAAUAAUAAAAUCCGCAUUAUCCCACGUGAUAUGUUGACUAGCUUAUCUGGCAAGAGUGUAAUCAAUUUAAGUUACAAUCCAUUGGAAUGCACCUGUUCCAAUAUUGAGUUAUUAACUUGGUAUAAGCAAAACAUAGAUAAAAUUGAAGAUUCUGACAAGACCACAUGCUCUGAGCCCAAAUCACUAGCUGGCAUUAAGCUCUUCUUUGUAAAUCUUUCCUGUGGACAUCACACUGCGCAAAUAAUAUUGAUUACCUUAGUUGUGAUAGCUGUAAUUGCAGCAUCCUUAAUUCUGAUUACACGUUUUUUAAAAAGAAAGUACCAACAUAUUUGAGCUCUUUAAAAAAAGAAAGGCGCACACAAACAAUUAAUUUCAGAGAAAAAAUUAAACAGCUUAUAAGGAAAGGAUCAAUGUUUUGCUUCUGUCCCUCAACAUUAAUAGUGCACCCAUUUAAUUCAGUUCUGAUGUUAGAUAGGGUGGUAGCAAAGAUCACAGCAAUCUACAGAAUAUAGAAAAGAAAGUCAAAUUCAACCCUGCAUAUGCUAAAUAGAAUUGCAUAGAAAUUCAUUCUCUUCUCUCAGUUGUAUACUAGGAGACUCCAGUGAUGACAACAGAUGCAGAACAAUCCAUAUGCUAAUUGGUCUUUUUAUGUGGCAGAUAAUUAAAGAGACAAACAGCAACUUACCCUAGAAAGUGGGAAAGAAAUGAAGAUCAGCUUUUCCCAACUCUAAUUAUACAUACUCCUUGGCCAGUGUACAGUAAUUUAAUCAAGUUUACAUAUCUAACAUGAAUUGAGAGCCCCACUGUGGUUACAGUACUGGACUAGAGAGACAUGAGUUUAAUUCCCCACUCUCCAAUAAAGAUCAGUGGGCAAACUUGGACUAAUAACCCUCUCUUUCUCUCUCUCUCCCUGAGCCUAACCUACCUCACAGGGCUGUUGUAAGGAUAAAUUUAUAUGUAUAUCAGCAAUUUAUAAGCACAAGAUUUCCACUCACCUGCUCAUUCUCUGCCAGGUUACCAACAUGAGAGCCAGUUUGGUGUGGUUAAGAGUGGCAGGGCUCUAAUCUGGAGAACCAGGUUUCACUCCCCACUCCUCUAAGCCAGCUGGGUGACCUUGGGUCUCUCAGCCCCACCUACCUCACAGGGUGAUUGUCAUGAGGUUAUUAACAACACACUUUGUAAACCACUCUGAGGGGUGUUAAGUUGUCCUGAAGGGUGGUAUACAAAUCAAAUGUUAUUAUUAUAUUAUAUCAAGUUUGCCUGUUGCUUCCAGAGGCCUUGCACUGAAAAUUCCCCAUUUGCUAUUGAAAGUUGUUUUAUUUAACACAUUACCCAGCAUGUGUGUGUGUGUACAAAUAUUACAGGUUUUUAAAAAGUACAUUAUUUUUCUUGUUUAUAA